CCUCGAACCUUUGCUGCAAAAUGUUCAGUUGGUAUCAACGAAGUUUAAUCCAGCGCCCUGUCCUGACCCAAAGUUUAACCACGGCGUGUCUCUUCGCCGUGGGAGACGGUCUAGCGCAGCAAGGGGUGGAGAAGAAAGGCCUUGCUCGUCAUGAUGUAACCCGUACUGCCCGCAUGGCACUCUAUGGUGGAGCUGUGUUCGGUCCGGUUGCCACGAAAUGGUUUCAAUUUCUGCAGAACCGUAUCAAUCUCGGCACCCCGGGGAAAACCCUCGUGGCUCGUGUCGCCACAGACCAAUUAGUCUGUGCUCCCACCAUGAUUGGUGUAUUCCUCUCCAGCAUGUCCCUCAUGGAAGGAGGUGAUCCGAGGGAGAAGCUGAACAAGACGUAUUGGGAAGCACUCCGGACGAACUGGAUGAUCUGGCCCGCCCUGCAGACCGUGAAUCUGUAUCUCGUACCGUUGCAGUACCGAGUCCUGACGGUCAACGUAUUCAAUAUUGGUAUGUAACGUCGAAUCAUUUCUUGGGGAUGAGUGUAUACUAAUUCCGUCAGGGUGGAAUUGCUUCUUGAGCUUCUUGAACAGCGCCGAUAAUGGCCAGCUACAAGAGCUACCUGUUCUGUGAUUGCUACUGGGCUACUUGACGAACACGAGCCUAGAGACCGGUCAACCAGGCACGAUGCGCACAGUGUUGGGGCGGGAAAGGGUCGAUCAUUGUUCUCCACUUUUAUUUUGCACCUUGACAUGAUAGAGGAAUGACGGCAUAUUUCCCGUUCGGGAUAAAAACCCGCCUAUCGUCGGAGUUCCCAAUCCGGUAUUUCCGGCACCUUAUAUAAAUGAACGUCGCGUCAGAAGUUGUAACAUAUUCGGUAUAUUAG